CGGCGGGUCCAGCCGGCAGCCGCCCAGCAACCCACUCCCUGUGCGCCGCUCGGUAGCAGCAGCGCACCAAACCACCACCACCCUACCGCGCCGCACCUCCGCCCGCGCCCAUGUCAUGACGACGCCGCGACGGCGCGCUGACCUGUCGCCCUCGCCAUCGCCCUCUUCCUCGUCUCCGCUCCUCUCCCGCCUGCGCUCCGCGGCCUCCAGUCUCGUGUCGCGGCAGUACAGCACGAAUAAGGGAGGCAACGGCACUGGUGGGCGGAGCGGUGGUGGCUCUUCCUCCGGGCCAAGGCCACGCAGGCCAGGAUUCGUGGAUCCUUCAACAUGGAGACUUUUUGACUCAAGGGCUUUUGGCAUUAACCAGGAUGCUAUACCUAAGGAUGCAUUGGCGGUUCUCAAAAAGCUCAGACGACAAGGUUUUGAAGCUUAUCUUGUUGGGGGAUGUGUGAGAGAUUUGCUACUGAAAAGGGUACCAAAAGAUUUUGAUGUGAUUACCACUGCAAGUCUCCAACAGCUUAAGAAAAAUGUAUUCAGGCGAUGCAUGAUUGUAGGAAAACGCUUUCCAAUAUGUCUUCUUCAAAUGCGUGACUCAGUAAUUGAGGUUUCGAGCUUUCGAACAGUUGGUAAUCAUGUGAAUAAAACUGAAAAGGGAGAUUGUUUGGAAGAGUUGAAUGGUUAUGACGACAGGGACAUUCUUCGCUGGAAGAAUUCUAUGAGAAGAGACUUCACAAUAAAUGGUUUAUUCUUUAACCCGAUGAACUACAAGAUUUAUGAUUAUGUGAAUGGAGUAAGGGAUAUGAGAAAAAACAAAGUGUGUACAGUGAUUCCUGCUCAUAUUUCUUUCAUGGAAGACCCUGCCAGGAUUUUACGUGGUUUGAGAAUUGCUGCUCGCCUUGGUUUCCAGUUUUCAAGUGAAACUUCUAAUGCGAUACACGAUCUUUCUUCGUCUAUAAUUAAUAUUGAUAAGGCAAGGUUGAUGAUGGAAAUGAACUAUAUGUUGUCUUAUGGGGCAGCAGAACCUUCUGUUAGGUUACUUGGAAUAUAUGGACUACUCGAUAUUUUGCUGCCUUUCCAGGCAGCAUAUUUGUCUGAUCAGAUGAAGGAUAGGGCCAGAUACAAAGAUUUGAUGCUUAUGAAACUAUUGUGUAAUCUUGAUAGAUUAUUCUCUGCAGACCGGCCAUGCCACUGCUCUUUGUGGCUGGCACUGUUGGUAUUUCACACGACACUGGUUAUUUCUCCACAAGACACCCUGGUAAUAAAAGCUUUUGCUGCUCUGCUGUAUUUCGGAUCAUGGGAAAGCGCAAUUGAAUUUCUGAAAGAAGAAGAAGAAGAAGAAGAAGAUGGAGCUCAAGUUUCAUUUGUCCCAGAGACACUGGGGCCUUCUCAGACCAAACUGGACGAUCUUAUGGAACAAACAUCCCACCUAGCAUCGCUGGUCAAUGCUUCAGUACUUACAUUGACAAGUUCUGAUGCUCUGGAGCAAUCACUAGCCCGAUUCUCGGAGCCUCCACAAUUUUCAGGAGUAGUGCUCGCGUCCAACAACGACAGGAACAGGUUGUUGAAAAUAUUUGGGGCCCUGAAUUCUGGCUUGACUUCAUAUGAUGAGCGAAGAUGGUUGCAUAAGAUCGAUUACUGGUCGCUGAAAGAUGGGAAUCCUGCUGAGGUCCGGUUCGUUCUCGGGAAAGUGAUCAUGGACACUAUGAGCGAUAAGUCGCCGUCUGAAUCUGCUGAGGACGCUCUGCUGUUCGGCGGUUCUUGCUGAUGAAAGCCGGCCCGUCCGCCAUCGUCCACAUUAUUUCAGUCUUUGAAGCACCUCCGCAGCCAGCCGUCGCUGUGAAGAAACUAGUCUGUCUCAUGUUUUCGGCGAAUGCUGCUAAACAUAUACAAAGCGUUCCGAUUUUGCUGGUGCUGCGGGAUGGCAACACCACAAGCCCACCGGCGCAUUAUAUUGGUGUGGUUAAAUUUACCUGGAGAGAUUAGAGAAUGUCUUCUAUUUUUCUUAAAAGAAGAGGGAGAGAAAGAGGGGGAAUGGAUGAAUACGCUAUUUUCAAGACUAUGAAACAUGAUGAAAGUAGUAUCGGAAACAAGAGAGUUUCAUUUUUCAUCUCA